AUGGCAGCAGCGGGGCGCGCGCCGGGCAUCCAGGCGCUUGUGCUGGAUGCGGCACCGCUCUUGACGCAGGCCAAGAUUGCAGGGCUUGCGGAAAAGUACUAUAUUUCGCCGACUGUGCUCGCAGAGCUGCGCGACGUGCGCGCACGCGAGUACCUCGAGCACCUGCACACUACCGGACAGAUUGCGCUCGAGGUGCGCGAGCCGGGCGCCGAGGCAAUGCGCAAAGUGAUCGACUUUGCGAAAGAGACGGGUGACUAUGCCGUGCUCUCGACGCCGGACAUGCACGUCCUGGCGCUGACCUAUGCGAUCGAGGUCGAGACGCAUGGGACGUGGCGCAUCCGCGAGCACCUCGGCGGCAAGACCGGCCAGCAAUUGCACGAGGCGCGGCGCCUGGAGGAAAAGGCCCAGGAGGGAGACGCGGUGCCCGCGCCCCCCAAGGCCGAGCGCCGCGGCGCGUCCAGCGCCCCGCAGAGCGCGCCCAAGACGGAGGACGAGAGCGGCCGUGCAGACGACGGCUUUACGGUCGUUGACGAGCAGCACGGCUUCCGCAUGGAUGCGCCGCGCCCGGAACGCCGCGCGACAUCGCCCCCCCAGGACGACGAGGAGGACGACGAGGCGGUGGGCGGCGAGUGGAUCACGCCGCAAAACAUUACACAGCACAAGAACAAGGCGCUGGGUCUCGUCGUCGACGAGUCGCAGCCCGAGCUCGAGGACAAGCCGAGCGGCCGCCGCAGGCGCAACAAGAAGAAAGGCGGCAACCUGUCCGUUGCGUGCAUGACGGGCGACUUUGCGGUGCAAAACGUGCUCCUGCAGAUGGGCCUGCGCCUAGUGAGCGUCGACGGCGUGCGGAUUGAGCGCGUAAAGAGCUGGGUACUCCGCUGCCACGCCUGCUACAAGAUCUGCAAGGAUGCCGAGCGCAAGUUUUGCCCGUCGUGCGGCAACGCGACUCUCCUGCGCACGUCGGUCACCUCGAGUGCGCCUGGCGAGGGUGGGGAGGGGAUGCAGGUCCACCUCAAGCCCAACUUUCAGUACCGCAACCGCGGCACGGUCUACUCGCUGCCGCUGCCCCGCGCCGGCAGUGCGUCGGGCGGCAAGGCGAGCGGCUCGAGCAAGAACGCCAAGACCGGCGUGCCGGUUCUACGGGAAGACCAGACCGAGUGGCAGCGCGGCGUCGCGCAGGUGCGCAUCCGCAAGCAGAAGGAGGAAAAGGCGCUGCAAAAGUCGCUCGACCGCGGCCAGGACUCGCUGUCGGCACGCUAUGCGGACCCCGACUGGCUCCCCGAUCUGCUCACCGGUAAGCACACGCCUGCAGGCCACGACCUUCCGUCGCUCGGCAUCGGACGUAAGAAUCCCAACGAUCGUCGUCGGCGGCGGAAAUAG